AUGGAAGAAUUGUUACAAGAAAUAUUCAAAGAAGCUACAGGAUCAAAGUUAUUAUCACUUAAAAAAUCAUGUCAGGAAGCGUUGGAGCUAAUUUGUUCUCAAGACGGCAAUGGUCGCCGAGCAUCAUACGAACUCCGUCGCACAUGUUUGCACCCAAUGCAGGUGGCCCUAGAGACCAAGCGGCCCCGCCUAGUCGCGUUCGCUCUGCAGGGGUUUCAUAAAAUACUUCGUGACGAUCGUUUUCAUCGUGGCAUUGAACCAGAGGAUGAUUCAUUAUGGACUCCAUCUCAACUGCUGUGUGCCACCUCAUCUGUUAUGUAUCAGCUACCCGACACACAGGUCCAAAUAUUCCGUAUGUACUUGUCGAUGGCGCUGUCACCCCGACGUACGCUAAAUGGCCGGUUAAGCGUAUGGGCCUGCGGACGCUGCGCGGAGGCAGCAGGUGCUGCUCCGCAUGUUGCUGCUGCUGCCCGUGCCGCUGCUGCACAGGUUUUGAGAGCUUAUUGCGCACAGCUGGAUGAAGAAUGUCAAGAGUUGCUCUCAGAAGGGUCUCCCGUAGGGCGAAACCACAUAGUAGCAGUAGGCUGUUAUAGUGAGGUGAUACCAGUAAUACAGUACCUAUGCAGUCGGCUAGCUGAAACUCAAAUGAUUCCAAAACAGAAUCCGGUGGCCUUGUUCUUCCUAGACUGCCUUUUAACUUUGAUGUCAAGCUUAUCGGAGCGUGUUAGCGGAAAUUCACACUUCACAACUUUCCUCUGGCAAAAGUUUUGUCCGUCGCUUAUAUCUUUCUUAGGAACGCCUCGGGUCGACAAGAAUAUAAAAUCUAGAGAACAUGAAGGCCACUUAGUAGAUGAUUCUGGUCGAGGCUCGGGAGCAUUAGUCUGCGCACCAAGCUUUAAUAGCAAACAGGCUAAAACUAUAUACAGUAUUGCCAACCAGUUGGUCCGUCUGGUAGGAUCAACCUCCAACUUGAGGCCAGUGCUAGAAGCUCUUUACCACAGAAUGCUUCUCUAUCCUCCUAUUGAGCAUCGAGUUGAACCAUUGCGCAGUGUGCGUGAAAUGUUGCAAAAUCCUAAGAGACUCACUCAACUUGUGCUUUUGAAGAAAACAGAUCCGGAGAGACACAGCGAUGAUAUGGCUAUUGUUAGACUGAUAAUGGACGGCAUCGAGGAAUGCGGCCGCAGUGGUGAUCCCGAUGUAGUAGCAGCCGCGGUAGAAUGCGUAGUAUCUUUGUUAGAUGCUUUGGAGAAGCUUUGUUCCAAUCCCCAUGACUACAUAACUCCGGAUAUGUCAACCCUUAUAUUGGAACAUUGGCCGAAGUUACAUGACGCUGAUUAUACCGGUCCCCUAACUUAUCAAACGUUGGCCAGGCUACCUAGCCCAUAUAGGGAUGUCGUUGCUGUCUUACAAAGUAAUGAAGAAAAGGGCAAUGAUUCCUCAGAUACUUCGGGCCCAGAAAAUAUCAGCUCUGGUAGUGAAGCAGAAGCCGAUUCAGAUGCAGACAACGUGUUUUUGCCAAGCAGAGCUAGUAAUCCCACUUCUGAUGUCAAGCAUGACAACUUCAACAAGAAUGCAAAAUCUGUUCCGAAAACUUUAAACCUGGGCAGAUGCACAAUAACCGAAUGCAACGUAGAUCUUGAGAGACACAACGCAAGACAGUUUGUGAAAACGCUACAAAAUUCCCUACUUCCAAAACUGAUAAAUCUCCGCACAUGUAUCGAAGUGGAUGAGGCUAUGCAAGAGUUCGCAUCGAAGUGUUGCCAGCACAAUGCGUCACAACCACCCGCUACCGCUUGUAUCAUGAACGCUGAUGGCGUCUACCUGGCCACAUAUGCUGCUUUACUACUUACCCUGAAGCAGAAGAAGAGCAAAUACUACGCUGAUGUCAGCAAAAUACCACUACCCCUAACUGAGGACGAGUUCGUUGACGACGUUCAAGGCAGCGGUGUAUUAGUGUACUUGUCUGCUACUUGGCUGCGAGAACUGUACCAGCAAGUGGUAGCGACUGACCUCCUGAAGGAUGUACUGACUUCUGAUCAUCCACUCAUACAUUUGCUCUCUGAUCUGGGUGGGCUGGAUUCAAAUCCCGUGAUGUCGGACUGGCAGAGACUGAAAGAAGUGUCUAUGGUGUAUAACGAUUCAAUCGAUUCGCCCCAACAUCAGGCUAGUCUACGAUGGGCCAGAAGAAUACUAACUUGCAUUUGGGAUUCAAUGGUUACAGUACUAAGUGUCCCACUUACUGGCUACACCAACAGAAAGCAUAAACUACAUGGAAUCAUCACUAAAAAGAUUAAUACAUUUGGUAAAAGAAAGAGAAUUGCUUGGGAAGGUCUUACGAUACAGUGUUUGGAGGGUCUACAUAAGGCAGCCCGUAUCAGCACCACGCUCAGUCUCCAGAAUCGCUGUAACAGCAUACUGGCCCUCCUUGCUAGCUCAGCCACGUCCCAACCGGCCAAUGGGAAAAUAUUAUCCACUCACGCGCUUUCUCUGGACAUAUUGAUAUCAGGGGGACUUGAAUUGGGUUCCAAAGCUCCAGAAUGUUGGGAUCACAUUUUUUCCGCUUGCCACUAUGUCUCUAGUUUUGAGCAUUCGCUUUUUGGUCAACAAGGGAACAACGCUACACCCAUAGUUACUAUGCAGACUGGGAGAAAUAAGACUGUGUCAAUACUGCAAACUGAUGCUAAACUUGGCUUGGAAGGAAAAGAUGAUGAGACGUGUGUUGACGUCUUCAAUUUCCUGCAACCCAUUUUCGAUAAUAGCAGCUCAAAUGAAAUGUCAGUUGCGAAAAUAGUGGAAGCGUGUCGUCAAGAGGGUGGGAAUAUAAUAUCGGGAUCGAACGCGGCCCGCGUCUGCUGUGCGCUUACGGCGGCCGCAGAUACGCUGUACACUCGCUUAGCUGCGACAACCACAUUGCCCACACUAAAGGCAGCCCUUCAACAUCUUGUGUUACAUCAUCAUCGAUUGUUAUUUUCGUCAUGGGAUCAAGAUAUUGUAAACAACAACGUGUGGUGGCGUCGUGGGAGUACCUCUCGCGUUGUGGGCGGGAAUGGAGCGGGUGAAGCUGCGCGUGCGCUGUGCCGUGCGGGUGAUGUUGCUCUACGUUGUCUACGUGCCGCGAGACCACUAGCGCAUCGUAUGGCCAUUUGGACUGUGGUUGGGCCACAUUUUAUGCAGGCUGCCUGCCACAAAGACAUCCAAAUAUCAAGCCUGGCAAUACAAUGCUUACACGAUUGUGCGACUACCCUACUUAACCAACAAGUUGAGUUGCCACACUUCCAUUUCAAUGAAGCACUUCUAAAACCAUUUGAAAAUCUACUUUGCUUGGAAUUGUGUGAUGACGAUAUUCAGGAGCAAAUCAUUUCUUGUAUUUGUGAGUUUGUUGAAACAAAUAGAAUGGAAAUAAGAUCUGGUUGGCGCCCACUGUUCAAUACAUUGCGCGCAGCAAACAAUUCUAACCAAUAUUCAGCUAUACUGGAAAUAUUCAAAGUUUUUCUAAAUACUGACAAUACUUUGGUGUUUGCGAAUGCAGCGUUGGACUGCAUACUAUGCUUACUGAGUCACAUAAAAGGAUUACAUUACGAUGAAACUCAAACUCCAGAGACGAAGCCUAAAAAACCCUCAACACCGACACAGCCCAAACCAAGCUUGAGCCUAAAGUUCUCUAAGAACAGCAAAUUCAUACCGCUAAGUGAGGAGAAAACAGAAAAAGUUAUUGUCGACAUGUGUAGAGAGGCGCUAUACCAUUUGGAGAAUUGUGCGGACAUUUUAACGAUGAUGUAUAACAUGCCCAAGUGCCCAAUUUUUAAUACCGGAAACCGCAUCAAGGGUGACCUCCCACUGUCCGUCGUAGAUCCGAUAAUACCCAGCGCAUCACUGGAUGUAACAAAAUAUAUAAGCAACGAAAAUUGCAUUGAAGAACUCAUAUCGUACAGGAAAUUAUCAACUACCCUCCCGCCUUCCAACACGACAAAUAACUGUUUGUUAAAGCUCGAUAAGCCGAGUAACAUUCUUAAAGUUUGGUAUGUAUUGAUCGAAGGGCUGAUAUCUGCUACUGUCGUGUGCUCUAAGAAAAAUCAACCGGCAGCCAUGGAGACGCUUUUUAAAUUGCUGAGAAAUAUUGCCGAGAUACCUGGAACGCAUUUCGGUCUUCACUGCAUCAAUCAUCUUUUACUACCAACUGUGCAGAAUUGGCUUCGACAAAUAGCUAAUGUUAACACGCACUGGGACAGUGUUAUGCCAAACUUUAAGCAAUGCUGCGGCAUGACCACAGACACGAUUGUUUUCUACCUUCACAAUCUGCAGCAAAUUAAUAUAGAGAGAAGCGUCGAGGACAACGAUAAAGUUCACGAGCCAUUCGAAAGCGCCGAAGUGACAUUUGCUCUAAAGCAAAUAAUGCUUAUUCUAGUGGAAUGUAUAGCACAAGCGCAAGAACCAAUAGCGAGAUUAGGCGCUUCCUGCAUUCGCCAUAUCAUUCUGACAUCAGGCCAUCUCUUAACAGAUAAUCAGUGGGAGAUAAUCUGCACGAGUUUACACAGAGCGUGCAACGUUAGCUUGAGCCCCCUGAAACAAUUGACGUACGCGUUUAAGGAAAACUCGAAUAGUUUCUACGGAGAUUUGGCGAUGGUCAAAGUUGCGGCGCGAAGAGAUUGUUCCGUUAACGACAACGUAAGGUUGCAUGCUAUGGCACAACAAGUAUUUUUAACAGAGCAGCUAAGAGGUGAAAGUAAUUUGAAGCAAACGUCUAAGAAUUCGAAUCAAAUCCUAAUAGAUGACAGAAGCUAUAUAUUUCUGAUAUAUUUACAUGAAGCAGUCACCUCUCUCAACCCUGAUUUGUACACCGUAAGAAUACCCAAUAGAGGACUAGUGGUUGGCCUUCUAGCUCAUCAAAUACUUAUCCAGAUAAUUGCGACAGUCCUAAUACAGGCUUCCUCAGACGUGUUCCAGGGCAUUAAUGGCAUUUUGCUAGAGAGCCUCAAAAGUGGUACAACGAUAUGCAACUAUCAGUUCUUUCUCACUAAGAACAACAUAGACUUGCUAUUAAAAAGCUUAGAGCUAUCCUACACUAGGGCAAUGCAGUUUGAUUCGAGACCAGGCCUCAAGUUUUUAGUCCAAAAAGUGUCUAAUUUGGAUUACGCUGCAAAUUUAUACAAGCAAACAUCUUCCUCUUGGCUAAUUAAAAUUAUUGCUUUAACCGAUAUAUUUUUUAACGGAGUAAGUAAAUUUAAGCUUAAACCGACCGAUUUGUCUAUAAUUUUGAAGAACUACACAUCAUCGUUGAACAUGACGUUGGAGUACGAUCAAUUCGUCAUGAAAAUAUUCGACUUGAAAGCCACUUGGGAGCUUUUGUGCAGUAGUUAUUUAAAGCAUUUGAUUAGCGUGUCUGAUUUCGAUAACUCGGAUUUGAAAGAUCGUAUAUCCAUUAGUUCAGGAGAGUCGGAUUCUUCUAAUCAUGAUGAGGAGUUCUAUGAAGAAGCGGAGAAUGUAUCGCAAGAGACGAAGGAAGUAGAUAACGUAGAAAAACCGAAGCCAUUUACCUUCGCUGAUUUUAAAACUUCUAAUGUUGAGAAAGCAGAAAUUAGACAGCCGCAUAAUAAGGAAAACGAAGAAAAUGACAAUAAAAUAUAUCCUAAAGUAGAGAGCCCUAAAAAUGAACAGAAGAAUGUCAUUCGCUAUUCUGAUGUUAGUCCGGCGAAAGUUAAAACUGCUGAUACUGAUAACGCAUCAGAAAUUGAUAAGGCAAGAACGGUAAAUAUUAGCAUCAGCGACCCACAAUUAUUGGAGAAGAACAAGAACAUCGAAGUGAUUCUGCCUCCACAGCCAGUCCCACCUGAAAUUGAGCAGCAGAGAACUUUGAGUAUUAGUAAGGAUAUGGAGGUACAAAGGAAUUGUUUUCUGAACAUAAUUAUGGCGUAUUUGGAACUUGUACUAACAUUCCCACUAGAGAGAUUCCAUUUGAUUUAUCCAGUACUGCAAACUGGCUUCGUACAACUAGCGAGGACUGUGAGCGACCCUCAACUCCUCGAUAGGAUUAACGUAUUCUUUGAUAAGAAAGAUCUGGUCGAAUUUAGUCGUAAGUAA